AAAUAUUUUUUGCAAAGUGCGAAGCUCUUUGGUGCGAAGUGCGAACUAAUAAACUACGAGAUUGAUUUUAAUAUUAUUGGUUGAAUUUGUUUAAAGUUUUCAUUAAAAAUAACUUAUUAGAGUAAAAUAAAAUAAUUAAUUAAAAUGGAAGCUAAUAUAUUGGAUAAUGGUCAUUCGAUACAUUGUUUACCAGACGAAGUUAUAUUUAUGGUGUUAAAACACCUAAGUAUUCACGAAAUUAUAAAUUUCGGUUCGUCAUGUAAACGUUUUAACGAAUUAGUUAACAGUAACCAUGUUCUUUGGAAAAAUAAAUUUAAAUGCAUGUUUCCAGCUAUUUUUGAGAUUGCUGAAAAGUUUGGUGAUAGUAAUUGGCUGAAUGAUUUAAAGGAUUUUAUGAAACACAAGCAACUUAUCUACAGGGAACUAAUAACAAUGUCUCCUAAGCAUUAUUGGAAGAAUAACAAACAUUAAACAAGAAUAUUAAGAAUGGACGGAAAACAGAAUAAUGACAUGAAAACUAGCCGAUAUCAGUCUGUUAUAUGUGAAAAAUGCAAAUGUAACAGAGAGGCAAGAGACACAAUAUUAUGUUCGCAAUGCAAAAAAAGAUUCGACUUUCAUUGUAUUGGCUUGUCGGAAAAGCUAUAUCGAUUAAUGCAAGCGGAAAAAAAAUCUGCGUGGAAAUGCAAAAUCUGCUUAAAAAACCAAAAAGAAUUGAAAUCUACACGUUCACACACGGAAGAUAAAAACAUUACAAUAAGAAAAAGGACUGUUUCAGCAGUUAAACAAACUGGGUCACCUAAAUCCGAAUUAGUAGUAGAUAUAUCAUCUCCUCUGCUGGAUUCAUGCGGAAUCAAUAAGGAAGAAGAAUUCGAAGAACUUGAGGAAUCCUCUCUGGAAAUGCUCUCAAAGAGUGAAGAUUACUCAACUAUUAAAAUAUGCGAAAUGCAGGAAAUGAAGGAAGAAAUUAAAGAAUUAAAAAUUAGUCUCUCGAGUACACAAAAUGAGCUAGAAAAUACGAUAAUAGAAAACAAUGAAUACAAGAGAGAAAUAAAUAAAUUAAAGAAGGAAAUUGAGGUUCUAAAGAACAUCUGUCAAUCUCCAAUAAUUAAAAACACAAAUGAGAUAAAUAAAGGAUUUCACGUCUCACUUACCCCCUCAAAAACUUCUAAAUAUAGCCACACAUCACACUUUUCUCCAAUUUCUUUAAAGAAAUGUGAUAAAAAAUGUAACAACUUGAUAAUUUCCUUACAAAACAAAAUAAAAGAAUCGCAAAAACAAUUGCUGAAUGCCAAAAAAGAGAUUACCGAGCUAGAGAAUCAAAUACAAGAACUUAGCAUCAAGCUUACUUCUCAAGGUGAUAAAGAACAGCUUACAUCUCGCGAUAAAACUGAAUACAAUGAAGAAAAUAAUGCAUUCACAAAACAGAAUAUCUUCAUUAUGGGGACCCAACAGUGUACUGGUCUCGCGGCUGAACUCACUAAAUCAAGAAUGAAUAGCAGAUACGAGGGCUACCAAGUAACAGCGUUCAUCAAGCCAUUUGCAUCUACGGAAGAAGUUCUAAAGCUAUGUACAAACUUAAAGGUAGACACACACGAUAAGGAAAAUUGAUGAUAUAACUCUACAGGAUGUGAGUUAUUUUUUUAAAAUAGCAUCAACCAAUAGUCGCAGCUAUUACUAUACAAUAUAUGUAUUACAAGAUAUUAUUAGGAAAGGUAAUAAAGUCAUUAAUAACUUCCAAAGCAAAAAACCAUAUACAUUAACAGAAUUACAUUAUGCAAAAACUGUAGUUCGCUAUCUUAUACAUUGUUAUCUGGCUGUAAAAUGGGUGAAGGCCCAGAUGAGCCAUGAAAUACCUCCAGAAGUCGUUAUCAAUUACUUCUUGCAGUGGAUUGACACUGUAAACUUACACUUUAACGAAGAUGUUGAAGACCUAUUACAGAAUUUGGCCAAUAAAGUUAAGAUUCAUUUGGAUAAAAUGCAUUUUAAUAGUUUGGUAAAAAGUAAUGACAAAAGAUACACUCCAAGACAAAUAUUUGUAGCAACUUCUCAAAUUCUCUUUCAUCAAAGGCACAUGGCUGUAACAGCAACCGCAAAUUUAGAUACUAUCGAUAUAAUAAAGGUUUGGGAUCAUAAAUAUGGAAACCAGAUUGUUUUAUUUGCCAUUUUUCAAGCAGUGGCUAAAAGAUGUGGCGCAGAGUGUGAACUUAUUGUGUUCUCAAACCAUUUGUUUCUGCAGUGGCGUAGCGACGAAAGCCACCCAAACGCUCAAGUGUUCAAUAUCAACGUCGCUACGGGUGAACUUGAGCCAAAACGCCGAUGUCCAUUCGCACAGAGUAACCAGAACGCCCGUUAUAGAUACAGUGCAGAUUCGUUAUUGCAGUGCCUUCAUUCGUCAUUUCUCAAGACCAUGGGUGCUAUAAAAAGCUGGACGACACAAAAUGCGUCAGAUCUUUUAGGAUUCCUGGGUGGAAAUUAUAGCAUUCCUAGUCCAUACGACAAUUUUUAUCAAUAUUUGUUCCGGCAUAUUGAUUUGGCGGGUUUAAAUUCAAAUCUAAACAUGAAAAAUCUGACCGAAAAAGAAUUACAGAUUAUAUCUUUGUUAGUACAUUUGAAUGCAGCUGGAGCGACAAACAAAGCAGUUAAAAUAUCAGAAGUGAAAAAGCACCACAGCAGUGUCCUUUACGCUGUAGGUAUGAUAUGCUGCCACAAGGAACACGAAUAUGUAUGUAUAGUACGUGGCUGGGAUCUGACUUGUGGCUCGGAGUGGCGUGCCGGCAUCCCAACGAAGGAUCUCAAUUUUGGCCACAACCAGCCCUUUUAUCACGUGGUAGCUGCCGAUCAAUCGCAAAGAUACGUUGCACAAGAAAACUUAAUCGCUUUGACUCAUCCAACCCGGUUGUACCAUUUAGAAGAAUUAGUAGCUAAAGAAUUCAAUCACUUUGAUGGCUUCAGCUAUGUUCUUAAUGAUCAGAAAAAACUAGAAUACCCAGAUGAAGACCCAAUUGUAGAGGUAUUCCGACAACGAUCCCAUGUAGCGUAAAAGUAAUUUAUAAGUUUAUAACCAUAAUUUAUUAUAUAAAAUAUUAUUCAAUAAAACUAUAAGUUACAGU